AUGGAAAAUGACACAUCUGAGUUUCUUCUCUUGGAAUUCUCAAAAAUUUGGGAGCUACAGAUUAUGCACAUAGUUUUACUGCUGAUACUGUAUUUAAUGACGGUAACAGGGAACCUUCUCAUCAUCUCUGCUGUUAUUUCUGACCAUCACCUUCACACCCCCAUGUACUUCUUCCUGAUGAAUUUAGCCAUGCAGGACAUUGGUUCUGUUUCAGUCAUUAUCCCCAAAGCUGCUUUUAAUAAUCUGAUGAAGAUAAGGACUAUUUCUCACUCUGGGUGUGUUGCCCAAGUCCUCUUGUUCUUCUUUUUCCUGAGCUGUGAUGUUUCCCUCCUUACUGUCAUGGCCUAUGACCGGUAUGUUGCCAUUUGUAAUCCUUUGCGAUAUGAAAUGAUAAUGAACAGGAAGGCUUGCACUAAAAUUGUUGGUAAUGUAUGGACUGCCAGCCUUCUCAGUGCUUCAUUACACACUAUUGUCACUUUUAGUAUUCGUUUCUGCUCUAAUAUUAUCAACCAGUUCUUCUGUGAAAUCCCAUAUUUACUUAAGAUUGCCUGUUCUGGUUUAUAUGAAACUGAAAUUGGAGUUAUAAUCUUUGGUGCUAUAUUAGUAAUUGGUUGUUUUGCAUUUGUCAUUGUCACUUAUGUGCAUGUCUUCUCUGCUGUCCUGCGAAUUCCUUCUGUUCAAGGAAGGAAAAAGGCCUUCUCUACUUGCCUACCACACCUCAUAGUCUUCUCCCUAUUCGUGUUUACUGGUUCUUUUGUUUACCUAAAGCCUAUAUCUGACAGUCCAUCAUUCCUUGACUUCAUAAUAACAAUAACAUAUUCCGUUAUUCCAUCCAUGUUGAAUCCAUUAAUCUACAGCAUGAGAAACAAAGAUAUCAAAGUUGCUCUUUCAAGACUUUUUGGUCAGAAGUUAUUGUUUUGUUAA